CAACGUGGGUCUACACAGUCCUGAGUUCUGACCAUCGCCCUUUUGCCUCCAUGUGCUCUGCCCACAGACGACGAAGCAAGCAGCGCCUUGAGACCUGACCAUCGUCAUCUCUCUUCCUCCAGCAGACUGCAUCUUUUUGAAAGAUCCGGACAAGUUGCCGGCAUAUAUUAAUAAGAGGAAUAGAGUUUUACAUGCACAAGCUGCGCAGCAGACUGCAUCUUCUCCUGAAAGUUAAGGUGAGCGAGCGAGCGAGCGAGCCCGGAGUGAGGGGUGAGGGGAGCAAGGUGAGCGGCGAUGUCGGCGGGCAGCAGGAAGAAGAUGGCCUGCGUGACCGGAGGCAGCGGGUACAUCGGCUCCGCGCUCGUCAAGAUGCUGUUGGAGAAAGGGUAUGCCGUGAAGACGACGGUCAGGAACCCCGAUGACAUGGCGAAGAACUCCCACCUCAAGGACCUGCAGGCGCUUGGUCAGCUGGAGGUCCUCCGCGCAGAUUUGGACGAGGAAGGCAGCUUCGAUGAAGCCGUCGCCGGCUGCGAUUACGCCUUCCUCGUCGCCGCCCCCAUGAACCACAAGUCGGAGAAUCCUGAGGUAGAGCUGAUCGAGCCCGCUGUCCGGGGAACCCUGAACGUGAUGAGGUCGUGCGCCAAGGCCGGGACGGUGAAGCGCGUGAUCCUGACCUCGUCGGCGGGCGCAGUCACCACGAGGCCGGAGCUGCAAGGCGACGGGCAUGUGCUGGACGAGGAGUCCUGGUCCAACGUCGAUUACCUCACCGCCAACAAGCCUCCUUUCUGGGCGUAUCCGGUCAGCAAGGUCCUCCUGGAGAAGGAGGCGAGCAGGUUCGCGCAGGAGCACGGCAUCAGCCUCGUCACCGUCUGCCCCGUGGUCACCGUGGGCGCCGCGCCGGCGCCGAGCGCCCGCACCAGCGUCCCCAUCUGCCUCUCCCUUCUAUCCGGCGACGAGACGGAGUUCGCCGUGCUGAGAGGCAUCGAGAGGGGGUCCGGCACGGUGGCGCUGGUCCACGUCGACGACGUCUGCCGCGCCGAGCUGUUCGUCGCCGAGGAGCCGGCGGCCGUGGGGAGGUACCUCUGCUCCAGCCUCAACACCACCAUCCUCGAGCUCGCACGCUUCCUGGCGCACAAGUACCCGCGGUACCCCGUGAAAACAAACCUGCUCUCCGGCGAGCUGCUUGAGAAGCCGAGAGUGCGCCUGUCGUCGGCGAAGCUGGUGAGGGAAGGGUUCGAGUACAAGUACAAGACGGUAGAUGGGAUGUACGACGAGAUGAUCGAGUACGGCCAGACCGUGGGAAUUCUCUCCAGCUAAUGAGGCUCCUCUCUGCCCUGGGGUGAGCACAAUUCCAAAACCAGGUGCUUGCAAAAUAAGUAAAUGAUUCCCAGAAAACAAGGAAGGUCUAAGUAUUUUUUUUUUUGAGGGCAAGGAAGGUCUAAGUAUAUGAAUUACCAGCUGUUGAGUUCUGUUUCUUGCAAAAUAAGGAUGUUCUGAGUUGGAAGACAUUGUUA